UUAUAUCCCGCCAUUUUUUGCGAAAUUACAAAAACUUCACAAAAUCAAAACAAUUAAGACAUGUCUGUUCAAAGUAUAGCUUUUUAUUAUUGUAAAUAAAUUUUUUGCAAAAAGUUUUAGUGAAUAAAAUGGGUAUUAGUGGACUUAUACCGUUUUUAGAGAAGGCCUCUACACCAAUCAAUAUCAGAAAAUUGUCCGGCUCUUCAGUAGCUGUGGAUAGCUACUGCUGGUUACACAAAGGAGUUUACACUUGUGCCGAGAAGUUAAUUAGAAGCGAAGAAACAGAUUUAUACUUGCGAUAUUGUCUUAAAUAUGUGGAUUUGUUGUUGAAUUUUGAGAUUAAAGUAAUUAUGGUGUUUGAUGGACGACAUUUACCUGCUAAAGCCGAAACGGAGAAAAAACGCCGUGAAGCUCGUGAAGAGGCUAAGAAGUUAGCGAAGGAAUAUUUAAGAUGUAACGAAAUUGAAAAGGCCCGCUCUCAUAUGAGAAGAGCAAUAGACGUUACGCAUGAAAUGGCUUGGCGGUUGAUUAAAGCUUGUCGUGAAAGGGGUGUGGAUUGCAUAGUGGCCCCUUAUGAGGCCGAUGCUCAGAUGGCUUGGCUAAAUAAAACGCAUAUUGUGGAGUACAUUAUAACUGAAGAUUCCGAUUUGACGUUAUUUGGAGCACAAAAAAUUCUAUUUAAAUUGGAUUUAAAUGGUCAUGCUUUACUGGUAGAGGCUGAUAAAUUCCAUUUGGCCAUGGGCUGUCGCGCAGAAAAAUAUACUUUUGACAAAUUUCGGCGCAUGUGUAUUUUGUCGGGAUGUGACUAUUUAGACUCACUGCCAGGUAUUGGCUUAAAAAAAGCAUGCAAGUUUAUGUUAAUUACUGAGGAAGAUAAUGUAAGCCGGGCUCUUAAAAAAUUGCCACAAUAUUUGAAUAUGAAAAAACUGGAGGUAAAUGAAGAAUAUAUCGAUAGCUUUCUCAAAGCUGAAGCGACGUUUCGGCAUAUGUUCAUUUAUAAUCCUUUGGCAAGGAGAAUGCAAAGACUAAAUGACUUACAAGAUUUUAAUAGCUUGGAAAGUUAUUGCGUAAAUGCCGGCUCAUUGCUCGAUGAUGAAAAAGCCUUUCAAUUAGCCUUAGGUAAUUUAAAUCCUUUUACUUUAGAACAAAUCGACAAUUGGAGGCCGGAAAAUAGUUGGGCAGAGGCCGUCAACAAAAGCAAAACGCCAAGUAGACGUUUAAAAAGCAGAUCGCAAAGAAGCAUAUGGCUACAGAAGGAUUUCGAGGAAAGCCACGAGGUAGAGAAAUGUAAGCCUUCAGUUAGCUUAGAUUUCAAAAACAUAGAGUACAAAAAUAUGACAGAAGCUGAAUCACAGCAACAACAAUUAGAAGAAAAUGCUAAACUAGACGAGUCCGAAUUGAAUUCGAUGUAUAAAUAUGCGUCCCGUUGCGAGAAAUUUAAACGUAAAAGGGACCUGAGAGGCACUAAUGAUGGUAACGAAAUCUUUGACAAUGGAAGAGAUCCAAAAAAAGCGGCAAGCGAAUGCGCGCAUAAUCCGUUCGCCAGAAUUAGAAAAUCUUCGGAAACGAAUUUCGUUAAAGAGCCGGUGUGUUCCAAUAAUUCUUUGCUAAAGGUAUUAAGUCCCAAGGUACGCGUUGAGACCAACGUACAAGUGAAGUCGCGUUUUUUUUCAAAUAAUCAUAAAGAAGUAAACAAACAACUCCUCGUUGUUAAUGAUUUGAAUGAAGAAAUGCAAAAAAUUGAAGAGCAAUGCAAAAAUUUAUGGAAAGAACAGCAACAGCUUUAUCAAAGUUCGCCUCCCAAAGCUAUAAAUGAUAAAGGGACGUGUGAAAAUGAGAGAGAAGAUGUCGAGUGUGGGUCGUUUGAUAAUGAUAAUAAAGAGAAAGACGAAAGCGAGGAAGACUUAUAUUACACGAGCACCCAAUCAUCCACAUCAAGCUUCCUUUCUAGCGUUUCCGGUCAAAAGGAAGAAAUCGUGAUAUCCGAUAAUGAGAGAGAGAAUCAUAUUGCGCCUAAUGUCAAGAAGCAAAAUUUCUUAAAUAACGCCCGACAUUUGGGUCUAAAAAAACCCAAGAAACUGAAUUCAACAUCAGCCAAUAAAAUUCGAAUUCAAAAUGACGUUAAGCAACCCAGUCUAGCUAACUUUGGCUUUCAAAGACGUCCCAGAUUGAAGAAAACUUAAUUGCAUUUAUACAUCAUCAUAGUUGGUCUUGUUUAUCAUAUAAUGUUGCCCUUUUUUGUUUU